GGCAAGCUAAGAGACUUCUGCUCAGCAAGGUUUCACCACGGCUAGCGACCUCUUCGUGCUGUAUCCGUUUCAUUGAUUCCUUCACCAGGAUUAGAGCCUUGCAAAGAUGACAAUGGAUGCUCUGCAACUAGCAAACACUGCCUUUGCAGUUGAUAUGUUCAAAAAACUAUGUGAGAAGGACAAAACAGCUAAUAUUAUCUUUGCCCCACUCUGCACCUCAACGUCUCUGGCUCUGGCAUACAAAGCUACAAAAGGUGACACUGCAGACCAAAUGAAACAGGUGCUCCAUUUACAAGACGUCAAAGAUGUUUCAUUUGGGUUUCAAACGGUAACUUCAGACGUUUCCAAACUCAGCUCUUUCUUUGCACUGAAAAUGGUCAAACGACUCUUUGUAGACAAGUCUCUUAAUCCUACCACAGACUUUGUCAACUCCACAAAGAGGCCUUUUCCAUCUGAACUGGAAUUGGUGGAGUUCAAAGAAAAAACUGAGGAAACUCUACAGAAGAUCAACAAGUCUCUGUCGGAGCUAACUGAUGGCAAAAUGGAGAAUAUUUUGACUGAGGAUAGUGUAAAUGACCAGACUCAGAUUCUCCUAGUUAAUGCAGCUUAUUUUGUCACAAACUGGAUGAAGAAGUUCCCAGAGGCAGAGAUCAAAGAAUGUCCUUUUAAAGUCAACAAGACUGAAACUAAACCAGUGCAAAUGAUGAAUCUGGAAGCUACUUUUUGCCUGGGCUAUGUAAAAGAAUUGAAUGUUGCCAUCCUUGAGCUUCCAUGCCUUAACAAACAUAUAAGCAUGCUCAUUCUGCUACCCAAAGAGAUUGAAGAUGAGACCACUGGCUUGGAGCAGCUGGAAAAGGCACUCACACCCCAGACAUUAUUGCAGUGGACCAAUCCCAGCAUGAUGGCCAACACCAAAGUGAAUGUAUUUCUCCCAAAGUUUAGCAUGGAAGGUGAUUAUGACCUGAAGCCCCUUUUGGAAAGCCUGGGGAUGACAAAUGUCUUCAAUGAAAGUGCAUCAGAUUUUUCUGAGAUGUGUGAGACAAAAGGUGUGGUUUUGUCAAAGAUCAUCCAUAAAGUCUCUUUGGAAGUCAAUGAACAAGGUGGCGAGUCCCGAGAGGUGCCAGGCUAUCGGAUUCUGCAACACAAAGAUGAAUUUAAGGCUGACCACCCGUUUAUCUUUUUGUUUAGGCACAACAAAACUCGCAAUGUGAUUCUUUCAGGCCGAUUCUGUUCCCCAUAAGCAGGGCAUAUCUCUUAGGAAAAAGUGCAAUUACAUUUAUGGUGGUGAAUGUUCCUGUAAAGCUUGGCAUCCUGUGGCCUCUGAAAGGAAAUCUAAGAGGUUCCUUUAUCAGCUGGGUAACGUGAGCUACUCUACAUAUGCAGCAGAACUAGUUUUAUCUCCUUUUCUGUCAUCCCCUUAAGAUGAAGGAUUCCCACUGUGAAGCACCCAUUGUAUCUGAGAAGUAGCCCAGCCUCAGCCAUAAGUAUAAUUUGUUCCUUUGUGACAUCUGUUUCCCAAAACUGAGUGAACUGAGAGCCUGCUUUAGGCUUUAGAUAGACCAGGAGCUGGCAAGGCCCCUGGGAGAAAGAGCUGGUUUUCUGUUCCUUAGCCAAACUACUCUCCCUCGUGACCCAUGCUCCAUGGAUUCCUACUGCCUAGAAGGGGAAAAUGUGGACAUGAGGUGUGAUAGACUUCCACUGAGACACUCUGGUGGUCCAAGGUGCCCUACCAGACCCUGCCAGUGCCCAGUGAAACACUGCCCAAGUUCUGCAGCAUAGUUAAGAUGAUUCAGGCUAGCAUCAAAAUUUGCAUCUGUGAGAGAGGAGCGGCACUGAGACCUAUGGAUGCAAGAGCCAAUAAUCAUCAUGACAGUAUUUAUACCCAGAAGACUCGAGUGUGAGCUAUGCCAGUUUGUAAUCUGGGGAGGAUGGACUUUGCUGCAUGGACUUUUUGACUCAUAGCCCUUCAGACAUGGAAGAUGGAACCAGUUCACUGCAGCUGCAAAGAGCCCUGUUGCAUAUAUCUUGAGGAAAAAAGAACAUUAUGCAAUUCCAGGAUAGAAAGCAGCUGGAUCAAUACUGGAAGUGCCAUCCUUUUCCUUCACACACAGAUUUCUGCCAUUUCUAGUUCUGAAUUCAGCAUUAAGGAGACUCCAUAUAAUUACUUGAUGUCUGAGGCAUGAAAAAGAAAUAAGGACUUCAACCUGAGUGACACUAACAUUGUAAUUACCAGUCUCCAAAUUCCAUAUGAAAUCAGGGUAAUCAGAUUUCAUUUCUAUCUAAAGACUGCCUGCUGCAUAUGUUCAGUACUGAUUUACCUAAUUACUGUUCAGAAUAAAGCAGUAUAAAACCUG